AUGCUGCUCGAUAUCCUCAUACAAACCAUUUGGAUAGUUUCUGUGCUGGCAGCUCCUGCUGAUAUCCUCAAGUCUAAUCGAUCCUUUGCGAAACGCACCAGUCCUGAAAUUGCUGAUGGAUUUACAACCCAGCAUAAAACCCAAAUAACAGACGGAUUCAAGGAUGCUCUCAGACUAGCAAAGACCGUUCAGACGGCGCCAGACGCAACUGUGGAUACCAUCCUGGAAAAGUACUUCGAUUCUAGUGACAAGGAGACUGUUAUGGAUUUAUUCAAAAAGAUCACCGGUAGUGAUGACCAGUAUGCCGGCAACUCUAUAUUGAGCCAGAUGAACGUUGUUCAGGACUACGCCGAUAAAAAGGGCAAGAUGGGCUGCUAUGAUCCCACCAUCUAUGCAGUAACUCGCCGCUAUACCACCUCCACUCCAAAAAUGAUUAUCUGCGAUUCCGGAUUCGCGUUUGGGGGUAUAGACAAGUCGUAUACCGAUGUCAGCGCUGUCACUUGCUCGACUAUUGGGAGUAUUGUGUCUAAAAAGAUGGACUUUCUGGGAGCUACGAUCUUGCACGAGUACACACAUUGGCGCUCAUUGGUUGUUCCACCGCUGUCGGAAGAAACGGACGAUCUUGACGGUGGAUAUGGGCCCUGGGAAGCCCAGGAAACCGUUCCCAAGAGCGAAGCGCUCAAGAAUGCCGAUAACUUCACUUGGUUUGCGAUUGAGCUGUUUUGGACUGUGCAUUGUGGUCGUGAGUUUGCUGCUCCCGAACUAGAUUCGGAUGAGGAUUGUGAUUCGGAUGACUAUUAG